AUGGGUGCUGAUUUCAUAGUGGCCAUUGAGACACAGAGAGCCAAGCCACAAACAAAGGGACAGUGGGCUCAGGCCCAUGUCAAAGUGAUGUGGGUCACCAGUGGAGACACUCCAGCACUGCUGCAAUGGAGACUCUCCCAGUGUUCACGAGUGACGUGCACCAUGUCUGCUAGCAUGGAGCAAGAAUGCAUGCUGUGUCACCGGGCAGGGGCUGACCCAGACAUCUGUGGGCCCAAACUGCAGAAUGGCGGGAUCUGUGCACACUCCUUUUGCCUGUAUUUUGGCAAUGGGAUUUUUCAGCAAUGGCAUAACGAUGGAGUUUGCCUUGAGGAUAUUAGAUAUGCAAUCAAACAGGCAGCACAGAAGCAUUGCUUUGUCUGUGGUGAGAGUGGGGCCACCAUCACCUGCUGCGAGAUGGGCUGUGACCGCAGCUUCCAUCUCCCCUGCGCUGAGGAGGGUGAAUGUGUGACCCAGUUCUUUGGACUCUACAGGUCCUUCUGCUGGGAGCACCGGCCAGAGCAGGCAGUGGAGGUGGCUCCAGAGAAGAACACCACAUGCCUCAUCUGCCUGGACCUGGUGGAAGACAGAAAGUCCUACAGAACCAUGGUGUGCCCAGCAUGCAAGCAUGCCUGGUUCCACAGGGACUGCAUCCAGAAACAGGCUAUCCAUGCUGGCUACUAUGGCUUCUGCUGCCUACACUGUCAAAAUCAGUAUAAUUUUUCAAUGGAAAUGCUCACCAUGGGAAUUCAAAUCCCCAGGAGAGGACCAUCAUGGGAAGAUUAUGGUGCCUAUCAAGAACUAUAUGAGAGGCACAGGUGCUGUGAUGCUAGGGAGUGCCUUUGUCCAGGAGGCAGGGAACAGGUGGAGGAAGAGGGGCUUUGGCAACUGCUCCUGUGCUGCUCCUGUGCUGCUGAGGGCACCCACAGAGGCUGCUCCCACCUGAGAAAAAGCUCAACCAGCUGGGAGUGUGAUUGCUGUGCUGACCUGGGCACUGCCUCCAGUGUGACCUUGAAGAUCAGCGGUGCCAUCACCCCAAACCAGGUGACACUGGGGACAUCCUACAACUCCGUGGCCCCUGAGACCAGCAGGCCCAGCUGCCCUGGGCCCAUGCAGAUGCGAGACCACUCCCGUUCACAGCGUCGGGCCCGAAAUCACCCCUACAGCCAGGCAAGACAACGCAGACCCUGA